ACAUUUGCCACCAUGGCCCCUUUGGGGCUCCGUAGGGCUCCGUACUAAAGUGCACUUCAGGAAGAAAAAUAGGAAACUGAAAUCUUCCUUUUACGGAAGCCAUUCAGGGGGAUUGGUUUUAGUGCUGGUGUGAGAUCUGUUUCGAAGCAGAACCAUAAUAUCCUCAGGAACAGAGAAAUUACAGCAGGCAGGUCACAAACAACUCUACAGAGUUUUAGGGGAGUACGAGGAUCCGUUAGAGAAGAUCUAGGCCUGUAACGACCCCGAAACUGACUGUUUUGUGCACUGGGAGGCGUGACCUGUUUAGCUGGAACACAACGAAAGUGCUGAAGGACACACAGCUGCUGUUCGGAGGAUGAAGGUCACCCUUAAAGCUCUAAAACACUUUCGACAUGUCACGAAGGCUGCUUCUGUUUUGCUUGUUUGCCCUAAAAACUGUUUGUCCGAUCAUCGUCCAGUCUCCUGGAGUAGUCAAGGUGCCGCCUGGUGGGACAGCUGUACUGACGUGCGAUCUGGUGGAUUUAAUGGCACACUGCAAUGCGAUCUCAUGGUACAAAUUGCACCCAAGAACCAAACACCUGAAUGCAACCACAGCCAUUAAUACUGAGCCAGAGAAGAAUGGACCAUGCCUAGGGGUCAUCCGUAACAUAACUGCAGGCGAUUCGGGCACGUACUACUGCAUUGCUGUGCACACUAUUAUGUCAUACAUUGGCAGCGGCUCCAGGGUCAUCGUGAAAGAGCCCAAUCCCCAACCUACAGUCACACUGUACGUCCCAGAUGAGAGUAACAGCUCGAACGUCUUGCUCCAGUGUCUGGUGAUGGGGGUUGUUCCAUCUGAAGUCCAUGUUUCUUGGGUCGUAAGUCAUACAGUGCUGACCGGGUGGACAGAAUCAGGCUGGACAGAUGAUAGUGAUUCGGCUUUAGAGUUCACUCGAGCUCAUGUUAUUGUUCCUUCAGAGAGACGGAUGGAUAAUGUUGAGUGUGUUGUUGAGCUGGACGGCAGAACGAUCUCCAAGUCCCUGAAAAGAGGUAGCUAGAUGUCAAAACAAAAUAAACCCAGAACAAAAUCUACUAAAAAUAUCUGUGUUUUGAUCACGAAACUUGCCUUUUUUGAGUUUAUUGAACUUUUUUGAGCUUAUUGGACUUCAAAUAGUAAGUCAGCAGAACUUAAGACAGAUUCAUGUCCUGUUAACUUGCUAUUAGAGGUUCAGUGAACUCAAAUGUUAAGGCAGCCCA